CUCCCACACGUUCCCACUUCCCCACACACAACAGGGACAGGCCUCUGGAAUCCGAGGGACAGCCAAAGGAGGACCAAGAUGAAAAAGCACCCAAGGAGCUACCAAAGCCAGAAGCACAUCAGGAAGUGAGAACGGAGAGGAGAUGAACUGAAGCCUGACAGACACAGAAUCAGCCACAGCACAGCAGGGCACAGCUGUGAUUUGGAUGAACAAGUCACGGAAGAGCCUGCUGAAGAGUUCUGGCUUGGUCUGAGCUGCUGGCAGCUUCGGUGCCCUGAUCAAAACCUCUGCAGUGACAGGGAUCCAUAGCCAGCAAGUCCUCGUACGCCCUUGGCUCGUCACCAGGAGAGAGGAAUUGUGCUGACAGCUGUCAAGAUCCUCCAUCACACCAGCAUCACCACAAGCACUGAAAAGAAUUGCUGACCUAGAGGCAGAAGCUGACUCCAUCCCUGCCAGAGGACCAUGGAGAAGCAAUCCAAAGCAGCAUCAGUCAAGAGGGAGACAGCCAUGUCUACCUGCCAGCUGCAGAUGGGGCAAUGACCUCCCUAUAGCUUCUCAGUGGGGAAUGACUUCUCUCAGUGCUCUCCUUUGUGCCUUCUCAGCCCACUGGCAGGCUCAGCCAUUCCAGCAAUACCCUUCCCUGGCCCUUGCUGGGGAUGUCAGCUUCCAAUGCAUCUCAGACAUGCAAGGAUUACAGCUUUAAUCACCACCUCCUGCUGCCUGGUUACAUCCUGAUAUUCAUGACUGGCCUGACUCUGAACGUGCUGGCCCUGUGGAUAUUUGUCCGCUACCUGCGCCUGAAGUCUGUCGUGAUGAUCUACAUGUUCAACCUGGCUGUGAGCGACCUCACCUUCACCCUCCCUCUGCCCCUGCGGCUCUACUACUAUUCCAACCACCACUGGCCCUUUGGUAGUACCCUGUGCCAGGUCUCUGGCUCUGUCUUCCAGAUCAACAUGUACGGUAGCUGCCUCUUCCUCAUGUGCAUCAACCUGGAUCGCUACGUUGCCAUUGUCCACCCGCUUCGCUGGCGCCACAUCCGGCGCCCCAAGGUGGCCAAGCUCCUGUGCCUGAUCGUCUGGGUUGUGAUCUUCGUGGGCUCCAUCCCUGCAGCCAUAGUCCACAAGCAAAACCACUGCAAAGUACAGAACCAGACCGUUUAUCUGUGCUUCGAAAGCUUCAGUGACAACAUAUGGCAGAACAACCUCUUCCCUCUGGUGAUCUUGGCAGAGCUCUUGGGCUUCCUCCUGCCCUUUAGCUGCGUGACCUAUUGCUCGGUUCGCAUCUUCCAGGAGCUCUGCCAGGACAGCCAGACGAAAACGCUGCGGCAGCAGAAGACCAUCCGUCUCCUCUCGGUCAAUCUGGUCAUCUUCAUCAUCUGCUUCGUGCCCUACAACACUACCCUGGCAGUUUAUGGGCUGAUAAAGGCCCAAGUGAUGAAGGUUGACCAGCAAACGCAGGCGUCUGUGCGCCAGGUGCUGAUCAUCACCAUGCUGUUUGCCAGUAUGAACAGCAUGCUGGACCCCUUGAUCUACUACUUCAGCACCGAGGGCUUCCGUAACACCUUUAAGAAGCUGCGGCGGGGCCAGACCUGGGACUCAGAUAUUGGCAUGCUUAAGAGUCAGACUGUGGGGAAAAAGUCAGCCCGAGACCAUACUGCCUUGAAAGAGCACCCAGCUGAAAACCUGAUCCGUCCCAAGGAAUCUUUGCCAGCCCUUCCUGCUGCAGUGUUUCUGAGCAGUCCUAUUGAGGACUCGGAAAUAUAGCCACGGGAAGGUCACCCUGCUGCAGAGUCACUCAUCCAGUGGCCACAGCAAGCCUCUGGGAGAAAGCUCAGAGCAGCUUAGCACGCUGCUGGAGGGAGCAGAGCAGACUGCACGUGGCUGAAGGUGGUGAUCCAAAGCUGAGGGAUGAAAGGCUGGUCUGGAAUAAACAGAGAUCUCUUGGCAA